AGCAGCAGCAGCAGCAGGGCAGGCCAGCGGGGCAGCUGUCGCAUCAAUGAGCAGCAACAUGAGGACGUCGCAGGACGGCCAGCAGGCAGCAGCGCUGUCUCGACCCAAGCUCAAUGCCAGCAGCACGAUGCUCAAUCCGGAGGAGAACGAGGCCGUCUUCAAGAUGCUCGGGAGAAAGUGUCAGACACUCAACACGGCCGUUGUGCAGAUAUACAAGACCGAAGGCAAUGCCCAUUCGCACUGGAAGAAGAAGCACACGGGAGUGGUGUGCUUCGUGAAGGACAGCGCCAUAAGGUCGUACUUCCUGCGGGCCUACUGCCUGAUCAAGAGCGAGCUCAUCUGGGAGCACGAGGUCUACGAUGGCAUGCAGAUUGUCAAGUCGCGACCCUUUUUGCUCACCUUUGAGGGCAGCGAUGGUCAUGUGGGCCUGAACUUUGUCUCCGAGGAGGAGUGCGACGCUUUCUUCCGCAUUGUGGAUGCCACCAUCGAGACGCGCAAUCGCAAGCGCCAGGAGAAGCGCAAUCGCCAGAAGAGUCAGCAGGCGCCCAAUGCUCCAGUGCCGCCAGUGCCACGCGAGCCAAUGCGUCCGCCGGCCAUGCAGUCCUCUGGUGGCGGUGGCGGCGGCGGCGGCGGCAUGUCGGCCACGGACAGCGGCGCGCCUGUUCAGCUGCGCAACAAUAAAAUCAAUUCGGUGACACUGACGCCAGCGCCCACGAAGAACUUCCUGUCGAGCAACUUCGGCCUGGGCAGCCAGGGCAAGGACAAGAAGCGCAAGGUGACCAAGGCGGACAUUAGCCAGCCGACGAACUUUGUGCACAUCAGCCAUGUGGGCUGGGAUGCGGACAAGGGCUUCGAUCUGACGGGCAACGAGGACGACGAGAUGCUGAACGAGAUCUUUGUGAAAGCGGGCGUCUCGGAGAUGGAGCUGAAGGAUCGGGACACGCGCGCCUUCAUCUACGACUUCAUCCAGAGCAACAAUGUCCUCGCCUCGGUCAAGCAGGAGAGUGAGAAAUCCCCGACGGAACCAGCGCCAGUGGGCGGAACCCACAUGCCGCCCCCGGUGCCGAGCCGCCAUAAUCAUUCGCAGAAUGGUAACCAAAGAACGGCGCCUCCUCCGCCGCCGGCCAGGCAGCCACCGCCCCCAGUGCCCACAACGGUGCCGGGUGCCACGCGUGCACCUCCACCACCCAGUCGGCCACCACCCAUCGGCAGUGCUCCACCACCGCCGCCACCCGUCAGCGCACCCGCUGUAGCGCCGCCUCCACCACCGCCGCCACCACCAGCAGCGGCGCCACCACCACCACCCCCGCCAAUGCCUACUGGAGAGAUACCCAUUAUCACGACCACACAAGCACCUAACCAAGCAGCCAAACGAGCCCCGGCCCCAGCAGCGGCGGCAGCGGCAGCGCCUCCGGACUCCCACAAUGCCCUGAUGGACGCCAUUCGCAAGGGAACACAAUUGAAGAAAGUGGAUGCGGCUGCUCUGAGCACUGGCAGCGCCGACUCGCGCAGCGAUCUGAUGACUGAGAUACGUAUGGGCAUUGAACUGAAGCCGGCCGCUGAACGGGAGCUGGGCAGCCAACGCAUCAGCAGCGAUGGUGGCGAAGGGGGCACCGAUGCCCUGGCCGAUGCUUUGCGCCGGGCACUGGCGGCACGCGUCCAUGUCAUGCACUCGGAUGACGAGAGCGACUCCACGGACAACGACGGCGAGUGGGACUAGGCAGCAGACUAGCUGAGCAGCAGAUGACACACGAUUUAUGUGGCAGACACUAUUCCAAAUAUAAGCAAUAAUUCAAUAUGUGCUUUUGGCAUUUUGGUUUAUCGUUGGACGGAUGGAUGGAUCGAUGGAUGAUAAAUCCCUGUAAAUACUGUUUAGUGAAUUUCCAUACCUCUUUAAUUUAAUUUUAUAGCCAACGCAAAUGCAAACGCAAAACCAACAAAAGUACUAACAGAUGAUUAAUAUUAUAUUAUAUGUAUCUGUAUCUGUAUUAUCGGCAUUGUGGCCCGCUUUCGGUUGUUCCAAUUCACAUUUGCAUAUCCAUAAAACCUGCUCAAUUAAAUACGAUAUAUAUAAUACAUAUAUACCAUAGCUAUAUACGCAUGUAAAUGAAUGAAAUGCAAACUUUGAUCAGUGCCAAAAAUAACUCGACGAGAACACCAAAAUCCAAACAAAUUUUGUGACUUUUGUGAAUACAUCAGAAAUUGACUUUAACUGCGACUUUAUCGGAUGGGCUGUCCAUAGAUAAAGUGAGCAAAACCUAACACUGAAUGAAUAUAG